AUUCCACCCAAGUGCCAAGUGCAAGUGCUUAUUUAAAGAGCACUUCUUCCCAACCCACAGCCACAGCCUCAAAGCACACAAAACAGGAGAGUGGGAAAUUAAAGAAAAUGAAGAAUUCAGAGCUUAUUUUAGUUAUGUUGGUUCUGAGCUUGGUUGCAGGCAAGUCCACAGCCUCAUUCGGGAAGUGCUACGCCAAGUGCUUCGUUGUGUGCGCCAUCACGCCGGGCAUCCCCGUCGGCACGUGCGCUGCAAAGUGCCUCACAGAUUGCCUCUUUCGUGCUGCAUCGACCACAGCUGACUUCAACGAUCAAAUAGACACUCGUUACUUCUGUAAACUCGGCUGUGCCACUUCCCUCUGCACCAAAUUCAGCACCAAGAAAGAUCCAGCUGAGAAGAAAGUGGGAAGCUGUGUGGACUCCUGCUCUCAAAAAUGCAUAAACGCUUAGAAGCAGAAGAAUGUAGGAAGGAGCUAUGACUAAAUAAAUGUCAGUGGUGAAAACAAAACCAUUAGGCUAAAGGCUUAUCACAAGUUUUAUAUAUAUAAUUAUAUGUAAAAAGGAAAAACAAAACAGGUUGCUUUUUCUAUAUAUUAAUUAAGCUUAUGAGAAUGGUAUUGUUAUUGUCUAA